UUAUUUUAAUUUUAUUUUAAUUUACAAUUUUUGAAAGUUUGAAAAGAUUUAUAUUUAUCAAAAUUAAUGAUGAUUGGACGGAACGUUCGAUUCUUCUCUGUGAUGGGCAGAGACACUGCGGAUUUAAGUUCUAAAAUACUUAAAAGAAUCACGCCAAAGUUUACGCAGAAACCGCUGGGAAGUUACCCGUUCCCACCUGAGCACGAAAUGGUCUGGAAAAACAGAAGAACUGUCCUCGGCGGCUACUUUCAACAGUCAAUCUCGCCAUUCCAACUCAAAUUCGUUUAUCCCGUCAUUCACCAAGCUCCCGCCAGAAUGUGGGCUAAGUUAUCUCAGGCGUUUUGGUGGGUGAUUUGGCCGACUUUGAUGGCCUACGUAGGCUUUUUAACAAUCAAAAAAUUAGAUAAAAAAUACAUCAAACGACACAACUACUUCUAACUCUCUCAUAAUUUCAUCAAUUUUACCAACU